AAUUAUAGAACAGAGAGAAAAGAAAAAAGAAAGAGAGAAGAGAAAUCAUAACUCAUCGGGAACCGUGCAAACCCCCCCGACCUCUUAAAACUUUCCCUCCAUUUUUCUCUGCGAUUUCAAGCUCUCUUGUGUGUGUGUGUGUGUGUGUGUGUGUGUGUUUGUGCCCCUCUCUCUCUCUAUAUAUCCGUGACUAAACUCUGUGACUUCCACAUCGCAUUUAAUUCGUGUAUUUAUUAUGAAGAAGAAAGACAAUAAACUUACGAAGCUCUUCUACAAAACCCUCACUCUCGAUUCCUCCAACUCCCGCCAUCUUCGCAUAGCCGACAUUUUCGCCGCCGAUGAAGAACAACAAAACGACGGCGACGGCGACGGCAGUUUACAAAUGAGUGGCGUCGAUGAGCCACGAAGAGUCUGGUCCGUGAGGCUGCAAUGCACGUCGCCGAGGCGGAUCAUUGCUCGCUGUUUGGCGUUGCUGAGGCGUGACAAGGAGAGGAAAGGAAUCUUGGUACGGAGCCGGAGCGAGAAGAGAGAGAAAAGGGUGGUCGAAAUGGGAGCUGGAUGCCUGCGCACUAGCCGUUCGAUGAAAACGCUGACCGGUGGCGAAUCGGCUUUUUCGGCCACCGAGGGUGAAGACUCAGAACGAUAUAGGAAUGCUGCGUCUUUCAACUUGGGAAUUGGUUGCGGUUUGCUAUAUCUCGUUGCUGCAAGUAAAAACGAACUCACCAAGAUGGCCAAGUUGAGAACCGAAAUGGAAAAUCUUCUUAAAAAUGUCAGAGAGGAAUUGCAAAAGAUGAACAUGAACGCACCCCUUAAGCCAAUCGAGCCGCCCAAUGGUAAAUUUUCCUAUCCGUCCAUUGACGAUGUUCAAGAAGGUUCCAAUUCCAAUGGUCAUCUUCAACUUCAAUUGCAUUCCAAUGAUAUUCAACCUUGCGUUUUACCAAAGUUGGAAACUGAUUUGGUAUCGGAUGAGUCUUCUGAUUGCAUUGUUAAAUAUGAACAAAAACAUUGUACGGUGGGAAUGGAUGAACUCGAGGCAGAGCUUGAAGCCGAAUUAGAACGUUUGCAGCUCAACUUGGAUACCGAGCAUUCAUCAAAACGUCCACCGCUGCCAAGGUCGAAGGCUAUUGCGGACGCUACACCUGCAAUAAGCCAGAGCCUAAAUUCUGGAGAGGUAAUUGACCCACAAGCGGCAGAUAGUGAAGCCAACUACGGGGUUUCUCCCAUUGAAGUUGAGCGAAGAUUGCAUGAACUGGUGGAAUGUAGACAGCAGGAACGGAUAAAAGAGCUUGAAGCUGCUUUAGAAUGUGCUAUAAACGAACUUGAGGAGAAAGAAAUAGAGGUUUCUUGGUGGAAAGACACUGCAAGGCUUGUAUCACAGCACAUUCCAACAACUUCACGGCAGAUCUCCCACCGAGAUCCAAAACUUUUUGCUUGUUGAGGUCAGAGUCAUACUGUUGAGUAGCUUUGUAACAGUGAGGUCUUAUUGAGGCUAAGGUAGUAAGUUGCCAUUUGUAAUUGUAAUUAAUGUUCAAAAUGAUUAGUUAUUUACCCCAUUUUGAAACUUUUGGCGGAUGUGUCCAACUGUGUGGAAAUGUAUUUCGCAAAAGCCAAAAGCUGUCUUCAUAAUAAUACACAGAUUGAAAGAACGCAAUAAACUAGAUUCUGAACUGGGAUUUCUAUCUUCUUGCAAUUAUUUUAAGUGUGGUUUGACAUAUUUAUACGCGAUGCUUAUCAGGAGAUUACUUUCCCUUUUUGUUUUUGUGAUAGUACAGGGGAUUA